CGCACUGCCAGGACGUUCUCUUCAUUUAUUCAGUAGCUACUUGCCCCGAGUUUACAAGCGGAUUGAGUUUAAUUAAGUCAUCCGCUUGAAGACAUCGCUAAGGGUUUUCAUCAAGCUACCUCCAGCCAUGCCAUAUAUUAAAACAAAUAAAAAGAAUUCAACACUGUUGGAUCUUAAGUCACAGAAAUGCGGACUGCGGCACACAGUUUUCUCUGUCAAUGGAAAUGCAUACACUGGAGAAUGGCAGGACAACAAGAAGCAUGGAAAGGGAACACAGGUUUGGAAGACGUCUGGUGCCAUUUAUAAUGGAGAGUGGAAGUUCGGAAAACGUGAUGGAUAUGGUACCUACAGUGUACUCCUCCCAGAAACAAAGGAGUAUGAAAGGAAGUACUGUGGAAGAUGGAAAAACGGAAAGAAGCAUGGGUAUGGGACGUACUUCUACAAUAACUCAGCAGUUUAUGAAGGGGAGUGGAGUGAGGACCAACGGAGUGGCUGGGGAAGAAUGUACUAUGAGAAUGGAGAUAUCUAUGAGGGAGAGUGGAUGAAGGAUAAGAAUCAUGGACAAGGCAUCAUUCGAUUUGCAAAUGGAAACUGGUAUGAAGGUGCGUGGCAAGAUGGCAAGAAGAACGGUAAUGGAAAGUACUACUAUUCUGACAAAGGCCAGCUUUAUGAAGGCUUUUGGGUGAAAGGAGUAGCAAAAUGUGGGACGCUGUCUGAUUUUGGGAGGGAUGAAGCACCAACCCCAACGAAGUAUCCAAUUCCACAGAUACACCUGGUGGAUAUGCAGUUGGUUUUAGGGGAAGCCCAGUCAGCCUAUCUUGAUCAGUGUCGAUGAACAACAACAAGUGGAUCAACAGCAAGUUUCCACACCCCACCAUACACAGACAAAAAAUUAAAAAAAUAAAUGGCAUGAUGUUAUUCAGCAUGUUCAGUUUGUCCAAAUAUUUACAACCAAAUCAUUUGUUCUUCACUGUGGAGAAAACCAAAAUCAUCUACAACUAUUUCAAAUGUGCUGAAAGCAAAAGUUAUGAAAUUUUACAUGUUAAUCCAGUCUACUUCCAAUGCAGGUGAGCAAACAACUGUGAUGACAAUAAAAGGCUUGCUGCUAACUGUCUAUCACAUUAUAGAACAGCUCAGAUCUAGGGUUCCUAACUUAGUAUCAAACUAUGUAUUUGAAAAAAAUAGCUGAUGAUUUAACAAAUUCUCUACAUUAGACCUGCUUGAUACUAAUGCAAACACACAACCAAAGGCGAUCAAAGCAGGUCAUAAAUUCAGUGGUAGUAUAUGUGGGACAUCUAAAUGACAAGGCCUCUUAUUUUUUACUUGCAGGGACUGGUCAACUAUUAGGCUUUACUGCAUAUUCUAUAUGGUGCAUUCUGACAAUAAUUGUACACUCUGAUAGUCCCUGUGAACUUGUA